AUGUCCGAACAAGCACCGAAGCCGAACACAAUGGCAGAUGUCCUUUCAAUGUUGCCAGACAAGCGCCCAGUUCAAAUUCAAAUUUUGAAUUUGAAAGCUCAUCUGACAAACACCGUUAAGACUCUCCAAAGUAGUCUUAUGGAAGAGAUGAAGGGACUUAAAGGUGAGUUCCUCAUGAACCAAGCUUCCAAUGAGAAAGUCCUGAACGAUUUGACGGAAACCUUGCGCAUUUACGCGAGAGAGAACCGAGACCUUGCCAGACUCAUCUACCGUUUCUUCGAAGAGAUAGACGCCAUCUGGAAGGUACUCGGAAAGGACAGAACCUCCAACACCGUACUUCGUGAACACAGAAUUGAAGAAGGAAUUGUCGAGGAAGAAGAGAAACACGAAGAAGAGGAAGAGGAAGAAGAGGAAGAAGAGAAACACGAAGAAGAGGAAGUUUGGGCAACCCUUGUUGCCGAUGACACUUACGAAAUUUCCCAACCCUACCCAUACCAAAUCCGCAACAAGGAGACGGCAAGGUUCUUACCCCAGUCCUCAACAACUUGGGACACUUGA